UAGCACAAUUUUGAUCUAGAGACGAAACAGUUGAGGAUUUGCUUUCUGUUUUCGAUAAUGAAACCUUUGGAUCAACCUAGUGACUCUACUGGUGAUUUAGAAGAUAUUGAAACAAGUAAAGAAGAUUUAGAAAACAGUGGCUCUGAAGAUUUUGUUUAUCAGUCAGAUGAACCUGGGGAAAAUGAUGCAACAGAGAGAAGUGAUUUGUCGUUAGUCCAUUUUGAAUCCAGCAAAACCACAACGAUAGGAGCAAAAAAAACAAGAAAUGUGUUAAGAGUAAAUAGAAAUUACUUUGACUUCUACAAUAAACAGAUUUUUGAUAUAUUCAAUCCAAUUAAAUAUUCGAACAUUGACAAGAAACUUAAUUUUUCAUUGGUUAAAAUCAAUGCAAGUCAAAGAGUUGAUUCACAAUAUUUAAUUGAUACCAACAGCUAUGAUGGAGGCACUUUGUGGAGUCCAGAAGAAAAAGAAAUUUUUUUUCAUUAUCUUUCAAGAUAUUCUAUUCAUAAUUUAGACAUGAUCAAAACGCAUUUACCCAAUAAAUCUGAAUCUGAAAUUAUUUGUUACUAUACCUUGCUAAAAAAUAAUUUGAAAAUGUAUAAAAGCAGAAAAACAGUAUUUAAAAGAUUGAUCAAAUAUAAUGAAAUGCCAAUUGCCUAUGAAAUGUCUGAAGCUUUUAUUGAUUUGGAAGAGAAUCAAGCUUCAUGUAUUAUUACUUACGAAAAUAAAAAGGCUCUGCAAUCGAAUAUAGAAGAAAAUGGUUUGUUAAUUACAAGAAACUUGGACAUUUUAACUAAAAAACUCUACAUGCAAAACAAUUUAAAAGAACUAAAGGAUUACAAGGUUUUUAUGAAAGAUAAUCAAUAUCCUAAGUUGACGAGUGGCUGCUGCAAUUUUUUGGUAGAAAUUAUAACCAAAAAAGUUUACUCGAUUAUUUCACAAGUAAUACAAACAAAAUUAUUAAAACUAUGGAAAAACGAUAAUCAGCUAUCUUUAAUCGAAUUAUCUCAAAAAGGCUUUGAAUUUGAAGCUGAAGAAGAAAAAGGAAAAGAAAAAGAAAAGGGUUUAUCAUUUAAAAUGACUCAAAGAGAUAUCUAUAAUAGUAUUUAUGAAUUAGAUUUACUUCCGAGAUUAAAGAACCAUCAGACUAAUUGCGAAAAAUUAAAUAUUCAAAUUGAUGAUAUUGAACCAAUUUACUUGAAUAAUUACUGGAAAUAUUUAAAAAGAAAUUUGAAUUUAAAUGUGAAAGGAAAUAAGGAUAAACCAAUGACAACUGAACAAUUUGAAAAUUCAAGUUGGUUUUCGGUUGGAGAAAGAAAGAUUUUUUGUUUAAAUGGUUUAAUGUCAGAUUUAUCCUUUAUAUCGAACCCCUCCAAAAUAAUUCAUGAUAAUUUAAAACAAAAAGAGAGUGCUCAGAUAAGUAAUUUAAAUGAUAUUAAUUCUGAUUGCAAUGAAAGAAACCUGGUGGUUCCUAGUUCAUUCGUGAAUAAAAAUUCGGCUAUAAAAGAUACAAUUCUGGGGAUUAUUACAAAAGGUGAAGAUCAAGUAAAACGCUUGAAAAAAAUAAGAUUAGAAAAUUUUGAAUUGAAAGAUAACCCAUCAAUUUAUAUUGAUCCAACAUUAGAGACAUCUGGGUUUGAACUGAACUUUGAAAGUGAAUUUGAAUCGGAACCUGAGUUAGAAAUUGAUGAAACUACAGUGAUUGAUAUAAACAGACUUGAUAAAUCCAAUAAAAGGACAUUUGAAUCUAAUUUAACUUUAAAACUUGAUGAAGCAAAUGAUAAGUUUUCUCGGUCAAACGAAGCUUCCGAAAAUUCAAUUUGGUUUUUUGGAGAACAGAGAAGUAAAAAAAGAAGUAUAAGCAAAGCAUUUGAUGAGGAAGGGGAGGAAAAAGAGGAUAAUUUUAUUGUAGAUGAUAAAACAUUUUUCAUUGAUAAUAAAAUCGCCGGGGCACUUUUCCGUAAAGAAAGUGAAUUGAUAGAUGGAGAUGAUUUAAAAGAAUCUUUGAAUCAAGAGAAUAUUUUAUUAACAUAUUUUUCAACGUUUAAUCUGCCAAAUUUGGCCCGAGAUAACGUUGCUAAGAAAUAUAUUCAGACAAGGAAAGAUUUGAAGAAUGCAGAGAAACAAAUCAAAAAGAAAUAUAGAAAAAGGGUAGAAGGAUUGAAAAGAUUGAAAAGGGCCAAUGCUGAGAAAAAGCAAAAUAAAAAUAAAAAUGGAAAUGGAAAUAGAAACACAAUUCCAGCAAGCAACAGUACUUUUCAGAAGGAAGAUUUUUAUAAGGAAGAGUAUGAGUAUAGUUUAGAAGAUAUCAGUUCGGCGGAUGAAAUUUGUGUCAAUAAUUUCUACGAUGAGGAGUUGGAAGAAGAAAUGAUUACACCUGAGAUGUUAUUGAUGCAUUUAUAUGAUUUUCCAAAUUAUGAAUUAUAAAUUGGAUAAUUUAGAAAAAUGAUGUAAAUGAAAUAGGGCUCAAAUAAUAAAAUACAUAUUAAUUGGCAUA